AUGUCAAGCAAUAAUAAUACUAGGAGGGUCUAUAGGGGUCGCCAAAGAAUUCCCCUCUCUAGGAUUGAAAAUGAUACUCAUCGUAUUGUCGCAUUCUCAAAGCGUCGCUUUGGCUUGUUUAAGAAGGCCAGCGAGAUUUCAACACUUUGUGGCGUGGAGAUCUUGCUAGUAGUUUUCUCACCCAAUAAGGAAAAGGUUUAUACCUUCGGCAGUCCUAACGUGAAUGCUGUCCUAGACAAAUACGUUGCUGAAAAUGAAAACCGUACGAUAGAAGGCAACGUCACGGAAGAGCUUCUCCUUUCUCAGAAAGAGGCAGACAUUAGACUUACGAAUCUUCAAAUUAAUGUGCUUGAAGCAGCAAUUCAACAUGAAAUGAAAGUAACUGAAGCUGCAAAAGGUAUGCCUUCUAUUUCUAAUCUCCCAUUGGCAGACCUACUUUCCAUGAAACAGCAAAUGGAAAUUCUUCGGUCUAAUGUGUUUCAAAUAUUAAACCCACAUCCUACAAUGCCGGUCCAGACGCAAGGCAUGACUACUCAGUCUGAUGAUGUUAAUCCAAGUGGUGCGACUCCAUUUUAAGAAGCCAUCCAGCAAGAAGACCAAAUAGUGCCCGAUCUAUUCUUAAUUAGAAGGAUUAAAAGAUUUACUGCUUUGUUUUAUUUUAUUCUUGUUAUAU